UUCUCUCUGCAAUUCGAGCAGAUCGUGACGGGCCGCGGAUAUGUGGAGGACGUGCGGCUGUUUCUGGGCACCAUCAUCAUCGCCAUCGCUCUCUUCGCUCAGUUUUACAAGAAGAAGUACCCCGAAAACCGAGAUUUUCUCAUCCUCUGCACCGUCUUGUAUAUAGUCUUCAAUGCGGUGUUGCAGCUCAUCAUAUUCACCAAGGAGAAGAAUGCCAUCCUCUUUACGUAUCCUCCCGCGGAUUCCUUCAUAAGCACUGGAUUGGUGGUCUCUUCCAAAUUGCCAGGAUUCUCUGAUAUGUACACACUUGUGAUAGCAAGUUCAGACCCCAAAUCUAUUUCUGCUAAUCAACCAUUACAGUUCACCAAAAGCGUUACUCAGUGGUUCACCAAGGAUGGAGUUUUGGUGGAGGGUCUCUUCUGGAAAGAUAUCCAAGCGCUAAUAAAUGAAUAUCAGAGAGAACCAAAAAAGAGCAAGUGAUUGGAAACUACAUCAUAUCAUCGUUUAUAAGACUUGAAGCGCAUUGACGGAAUUUUUAACAGUUGGGCUAUUUUGUUAUCUGUGGAUGUUAAAGAGUACUGCUGAAAUGAACGGACAAGGAUUAUCUGCCCUUUCACUUCCGGUGCCUUCCUGUUUGUGUAAUCACGGUCAAGCCACGUCAACAUUUUAUAUUACUAUUUAUUUUUGUCUUAUUAUCUCUAUAAAAAAACAAUAUAAAAUGUUGACGUGGUUUAACCGUUACCACACAAAACAGGAAAACACAGAAGGACACUGGAAGUGGGAAGGUAGACAGUCCUUGUCCGAAAUGAACUCGGGUGGCGAUUCUAAAACUGUUUGUUUAACCUCUUGACUGUGAGUGAAGUGACAAAAAGAAAAGUAAAAGUUGUGUUUCUUAUGAUUAAAGAUGUUAUGCUGAUCUUAUGGUUUAUGCCC